UGCAGCAGGUGUCUACCCACGGUCUGCACCAUUCAGCUCCGGGGAGGACAGAUGGUCACUCUCAAGCCUGACGAGACCCUCCAGGAUGGCUGUGACAACCACUUCUGCAAAGUCAACGAGAGAGGAGAGUACAUCUGGGAGAAGAGGGUCACGGGCUGCCCGCCCUUUGAUGAGCACAAAUGUCUGGCGGAGGGAGGGAAAAUCAUGAAAAUUCCAGGCACCUGCUGUGACACGUGUGAGGAGCGCGAGUGCAAGGACAUAGUUGCCACGCUGCAGUACGUCAAAGUGGGCAGCUGUAGGUCCGAGGAGGAGGUGGACAUUCACUACUGCCAGGGUAAAUGCGCCAGCAAAGCCGUGUACUCCAUCGACACAGAGGACGUGCAGGACCAGUGCUCCUGCUGCUCGCCCACGCUCACUGUGCCCAUGCAGGUGCCCCUGCGCUGCACCAACGGCUCCGUCAUCCACCACGAGAUCCUCAACGCCAUGCAGUGCAGAUGCUCCCCCAGGAAGUGCGGCAAGUGAGGCCCACGGAGGGGGCGUGGCCUCCCGCCGCUGCCCCAGUGCUCAGUCCCGCAGCUCUGCUCUCCUGCCCGCCCUGGGCCCCCAUUAAAGGCCAAUCUCUCAU